AUGACAGGCAUAUGUUACCAUUAUGCAAUUCUCAGCUUCAUAUUUGUGUUUAUAUGCAGCUGGAGGGGAGCCGUGAUCGAACCAGUUCAGACCUCAGGACCGACUCCAAGCAAAACCCCAGAAGCCACUAAACCUCCUGCUCAAGACAUAGUAGAUCAGAAGGAUCCAGUUCCUAUCAGUGAGCGCCAGGAGGCAGUGAUUGAAGCAUUCCAACAUGCCUGGAAGGGUUACAAGCAGUUUGCGUGGGGUCAUGACGAGCUUAAGCCGAUCUCCAAGGCGUAUGGUGAAUGGUUUGGACUUGGGCUCACUCUCAUAGAUGCUCUUGACACCAUGCAGAUAUUAGGCCUAAAAGAAGAGUUUCAGGAGGCCCGAGAGUGGGUGGCCACCGAGCUGACAUUUGAUAAAAAUGUUGAUGUCAAUCUGUUCGAGAGUACAAUUCGGAUUUUAGGAGGGCUACUGAGCACCUAUCAUCUAACCCAGGACCCUCUUUUCCUAGAUAAAGCGAAAGACAUUGGCACACGUCUGUUGCCAGCUUUCAACACCCCAUCCAAGGUGCCUUACUCUGAUGUGAACAUUGGGAAAGGAACUGCCCAUCCACCACGUUGGACCUCAGACAGCACAGUAGCUGAAGUCACCAGUGUCCAGCUGGAGUUUCGGGAGUUGUCUCGACUGACAGGAGAUGAAACAUUUAAGAAAGUGGUGGACCAUGUCACCCAGCAUGUUCAUACUCUUUCUGGAAAACGGGAAGGCCUGGUACCCAUGUUUAUUAACACAAACAGCGGGCAGUUCAGCCACCUUGGAGUCUACACUUUGGGAGCCCGAGCUGAUAGCUACUAUGAGUACUUAUUGAAGCAGUGGAUCCAGAGUGGGAAGAAGGAGACUACGUUUUUGGAGGACUAUAUGCAGGCCAUUGAAGGGGUCAAGAAGAAUUUGCUGCGAAAGUCGCAGCCCAGUGGAUUGACUUUUGUGGGCGAACUGUCUCAUGGCCACUUCAGCCCGAAAAUGGAUCAUCUGGUGUGUUUCCUUCCUGGUACUCUGGCGUUAGGUGCCCACAACGGCAUCACUAGUGAUCACAUGGAAACAGCUGUGUCCUUAAUGGAGACCUGCUACCAGAUGUACAAACAAAUGGAGACUGGCCUAAGCCCAGAGAUUUCUCAUUUUUUCCUGCAUGGGUCAACAGGGGGGAAAGACAUUGAUGUCAAGCCGGCAGACAGGCACAACCUGCUAAGACCAGAAAACAGUGGAAAGUCUUUUCUAUCUCUAUCGGUUUACCGGUGA